UAUGACUCGAUCGAGUGUGUGUGGUGUUCGCAAGUCUUUUUGUGUUGAAAGCGACCCAACGCCAUUAUUUCUCGCCAUGGAAACGACGUUGCAGCCGCAGAAUCCUGUACUCACAACGUCAUGUAGAGUCAUAAGUAUUUCUCGAGUGAUUUGAAGUGUGUCUUCGUAGCUCUUCGACUUCUUUCAGUUCUUUGAGUUUGAGAGAGAAAGAAGAGGGACAAAGAGUUGAAAAUACACGUCUGAAGCUUCCUCGUUGGAUUCUCCGUAAUGAUGGAAGCUGACGGCAAUGAGCCGUCCGUCCUGGAACUCGUCAGCUCUGAUGAGCGUUGUCAUCCUUUCCUGGAGGACGAGUUUGACGUACAGCGAUACUCGAAUACGAUUAUUGAAAGUGAACAAGUGGCACAGACAUUGCAGCACAUUGCCUCUAGUGUGGCGUUGCUUGAUCGCGACCUAAAUCAGCAGGUGGUGUCACAUCAUGAGGAUCUUCUCUCUCAAGCUACUGGCAUUGAGAAGCUAGAAGGAGUACUUCACAUGGUACAGACAAGAAUAGAAUCUCUACAGGCUGGUGUGCAACGAAUUCGCAGUAAAAUCGCCGAGCCUCAUAGCAAGAUAAUUUCACGCACAACUCAGUUAUCUCGUCUUCAAACGGUGUGUGAGUUACUUCGUCGCCUCAUUCGUGUAUUGUCCUUGCGCAAGAAGUUGCGUGCUCAGCUGAAGGGAGGUGUGCGUGAACUAACCAAGGCUGCACAGAGUCUCAGUGAGCUAGAUUACUUAUCUCAAGGUGUGGAUCUCUCAGGUAUUGAGGUGUUGGAAAGUGACUGGGCGUGGGUAGCUCAAGCUAGGAACAGUGUGAUUUCACAUGCGGAAACUAUGCUUGCUCAAGGACUGGAAUCUCAGACAAGUAGCUGGGCACAGUCGGUGGUGCACAUAGCCGGAGCACCGACACGCCAGCAGCUGUGCUGCAUAGGUGUUGCUAACUCACUCUAUGCACUGCAUCGCGGUGUCGCCGAGGUGCUCACCAAUGUAGCCAACAUUGAUCAAGACCUGCUCACGGAGGUCUAUGAUGAGCUCAAGGAGCUACGAUCUACGGAAGAAGAGUUCAUUCGCAAUGUUGUUCUCGUUGUCAAGGACACAGUGGAAGCCAUUUUGAACUCGAUGCAUGAGGAAGAUUGGGCUGGACCUGCUGGCAAUGUCGGUGCGCAGUGUUCUGGUUACAUCAGUGAACUCAAGAAUUUCAUAGGACGUGUUGCUGAUGAGCACAUCAGGCCAUUUGAAAACAAAGAGUUUUGCAAAGGACAGUUGACCGAGCUGUCAGUGCGUGUGCUGGAGCUGUUUGUUCGCCAUGUCAGUCUCAUUCGACCGCUGGAAGAGAGCGGGCGCUUGCAGUUAGCGGCUGACAUUGCUCAGGUUGAGUUUGCCGUGGCACCCUUCUGUGCUCGGGCCGCUGAUCUGGGCCGACCGUAUCGUCUACUCCGUGCCUUCAGACCCUUGCUCAUAGCAAGUGUGGAUGAGAUUGGCAGCAGCACAGCGCUGGGUGAUACUUUACCGUACAGUCUUGUCCUCGACUUUCUCUUCUCAUAUGCGCCAGACGAACUGCGCUCCCCGCAUACGGUGGCCGAUUGGACACAGAUGGAGUAUUCUCGCUGGAUAGACUCACACACGGAAGCUGAACACUUGGCCCUUAUCAAGGCCACGAUCGAGAGCUACGUCAAAUCGGCACGUAGCCGUGGUGUGCGUCAGUUUGCUCCCGUCUACACCACCAUGGUGGAGUUACUCACGGCCGCAUCGACAGCCGCCCCUACAUCGUGAUAAGCAGCAAUGCCAGUGUUGUGCUAAGCCUGAAUCUGUCUUGUAGCAGCAGCAGCAGCAGCGAUCAUAGUAACAGCACUGCGGACUCCGGACUGGUCCGGACUGGUGAUCCUCACCCCCUGUGUGUAUCUGCUGUAUGUGUGCUCAAUUCCGAUGCUGUUCUAGCUGGUGUGUGCCGCUUCGCAAUCCACCAUCUUGUUAUCUCAAGACAUGUGUGCUGCCACACAGUGUUGUGGCAACUUGGCGGACAUUGUUUUUCCGAGUAGGUAUUGCCAGCUGGGACUGGUGGUCGUUGAUGGAAGAUAUACUAACAGCUCACUGUAUCGCCUGCGUGACAGCUCGAGGAAUUCUGAUGUCCUUUCUACAUACCCGAUUAUGCAUCACCAGCCCCCCUCCCCACCACCACCACCACCACCAUCGCCUCCACCGCCACCACCACCACCAUCCUCUGUGCGGUGGCGAUUGCUUUCUUGGUGAUUAAGGUGUCAUGAUUUACCAUCCACACACCGUCGCCAUGAUCAUCAUAGAGAAGCCACUUGUACGGGCGAAUGGAUCAUCAGCAUCACCGUCACCAUCUGCUGUACAUACGACACUUAACUGUACCCAGUGCAACGUGAUGCCAGGGAGUAUUGUCGGGAUGGUAGUGCCAGUGCUAGCUCCAGAGAUCAGUACUGCUGCUGUUGCUGCUGGAGCUGUUGCUGUUGCUGCUGCUGCUGUUGCUGGUGCAGGCCAUCAGUCCCAUGUGUCACAUGAUCACAUGACCUUGACCUUGCACUCUGCCUCAUUCAAGUGCAGUGCACGCUAUCAUGUCGUGUGUGUUGGCUGUGUCAACGGCGGCGCUACUCUGGCCUGACACUAUCUGCAUUGUUUUGCACAGCAUGGCGUCCGCAGCAAAAACAUGUGCGCUUCGUAGCCGUGCAAGUGCAUGCCAUGUCGCGAGAACUACACCCCCCCCCCCCCAAACUGUACACUGGAACUCGUGUGUGCAGUGAGGGGACAGACGGCUGUGUACAUGUAUGAUUUGGCCUACUUUCAGCACUACCCGCCGUCCAUCGGGGAUAGUCCCUACUUUCAGCACUACCGGGCGUCCAUCGGGGAUAGUCCCUACUUUCAGCACUACCGGGCGUCCAUCGGGGAUAGUCCCUGCUUUCAGCACUACCGGGCGUCCAUAUGGAAUAGUGUCCUGUGCGUCUCUUGUGACUGAUCUGCAGUGCGCUGCUUCUCUCCUGCUGACUUGGCUCACAGAGUUCUGGAUGACUGGGUAUACAUAGUGCCGGAUAGCUUGAUUCACAGAAUGCCGAUGACUUGGUGCUGGGUGACGUCAUUCACAUAGUGCUGGAUGACAUCAUUCACAUAGUGCUGGGUGCUGCUACAUACUGACAGGCAGGUAUGAUCCCACAUUCUGCUGUGCGGACUCUUGCCUGCUGUUUGAUUCGCAGAGCACUUUUCAGCUUUUCUCCCAUUCAUGGCUUGGGAUGGAUGCGGGAUGUGGACUGGUUUUUUUUAUGUGCACUCAUUGUUACGUGCUACCCUGCUUACAACAUUUUGAUGUGACUGUGAGAUUGAAACUUACCUGCUUGAUUGUGUGUGUUUGUGCCGGUGUGGAUUGUGUUCUUCAUAAUAAUAUGCAGCGAGUGAUGGUGAUAUGUUUGCUGAUGGAACCGCACCAUUCCACCUGUACAGUAUGUAGCACAUAUGAAAGUUUCUUUCCUUCUUUUGUUUUUUUGUGUGAAAGAUUCUUCAAAGCAAAUUCCUUGACCUCUGUUAGUUUUGUGUAAUUACUAUCGUAGCAGUAUGUACUGGUUGAUUGAUUGGUUUGUUGUAUGCAGUGUUGCUGCAGCAGUAUCUGCCGUUACACUGGUGCUGUGUGACUUGCCUAGCUGUGUGUAUGUCGGUCGGUCGGUCAUGACUAGCGCCUGUUGCUGCUCUCCCCGGGCCCCCGGUCCUGGGCCCCCCGCCCGUGCUUCUGUUCUGUUGCUGUGCCUGGUCCUACUCGUCACUGGCCGCUUCCAGUGGUGGACCGCAUGCAGUGCUCCCCAAUCCGACUAUGUAUUAUAACAUCAGCUAUUAUCUCGCGUCCCCUCACCCCAUCCCACAGUAGUCUCGGUUCUCUUCCAUGAUGGCGGUAUGUUGUGUUCACUGGGCAGCUUGUUUAUUUCACAAAUCUUACUCUCCUGCCUGCUCGGCCUCUGCUCAGUUGCUGGCCAUUCGUCAUUUUGCUCUUGUGCAGAAAGUAGAUGUUCAGUUUGGCUUUUACAUGUAUCACAUUUCUUUCCAUGUCUAAUUCUUAGAAGCUAGUUUGCUUGAUUCUGUGAGUCACAACACUGUUGUCAGUCACAGCCAUGACUGCUGUAAU